GGGUUUGACAAAUGUAUCUGGAUCUGGAAUAUGGUGUGUCCGUAUGGGCUUAUUAUUUAUUAAGUUUUACAGAAUUCAUGUUAUAAUUACAUAUAAAUAAAAAUAUGUCCCUCAAGGAAAGUCUGCAAGAAGUAGGCUGGCAUCUUACUCAAGAUGGUAUUGAUACAAUUAGCGAAAAUGGUGAAAUACAAGAUGUAAAUAUUAUUAGCCGAAAAGCUUUAGAUUUUGAUUUGAGAGAUGUUGGUGAUGUUGCAUUUCCUGAAGACUUUACUAAAGAUCCCACCAAGCUAGAAAAACCAAUAGUUGUACAAAUACAGAAGAUAAGAAACGUCUCAGCCCCAAAAGCUAAUGAGGAAUCAAGUUCAGCCCCACGGAUGCUAAGGUUGACAUUACAUGAUGGGAAGUCAUCCUGCACUGGAUUAGAGACAAGCCCUAUUCCAAGUAUUAGUAUCAAUACUCCACCUGGCACCAAACUUUUGCUCAAUAACGAAGGACUAGAAGUAUGUCAUGGUGUUAUCUGGCUGUCUCCAAGUGUUAUAUCAGUAUUAGGUGGAAAAGUUUCCCACAUGAUAGAAAAAUGGGAAUUAAAUCGAAGUCUUGCAAAACAUACUCGAGGUGGUAUUGGUGCUGACGGUGGGCCACCUCCAUGGAUUCCAUUUGGCCAACGUUUGGAGGCUCUCUCUGUGGAUAAACAAUUUAAGAGUUUGCAGGAAGCUGCUAAGCAAGAUAAUGCAGAGUUUGAAGCUCAGAGGAAAGGUGCAAUUGCUGAAGCACAGAGAUUGUCUGGUGUUAAGAAGAUAUUUGGUGGAGGCACUAAGCCUUUGUUAGAUGCAAAUGUGCAAAAGAUUGUUGAUGCUGGUUUUUCUGAGGAACAAGCUGAAAAUGCCCUUAAAUAUACUAAAAAUAAUGUGGAUAGAGCCCUCAGGAUAUUACAAAAAAGGGAUAAUUCAGAAAAUAGGAGUAAGGAGAAGCCAAAAGAACCAGAGCAGCCUAAACGCAAGGGACGUAACAAAGAGUCCACUGAUGAAGACACAAUACCAGUUAAACCAUCUGGCAAGGUGUCAUUAUUUGAUUUUCUUGAAGAUAAACUGCCUAAUGUACCAGAUAAAGAUAAAAAUAAUCGUAAUCACAACUCAACUACAGACGAUAGAGGCGAUAGAGGCGAUAGAAAUUAUGCGAAUAGAGAGCGAAACAGUGCCAAAAAUAAUUCUCGUUCACAAGGUUCAAGAUAUGAUGGACCAAACAGAAAUAAAUCAGAUGGCAGAGGCCACUAUUCAAAUGAUAAUCAUCAUACAUCUCAUAGAGAGGAUCGAAAGUACCAAACUCAAAAUGAGAAGCCACCAAGAUUCCAGAAAAAGUUAGAAGAGAAAAAUAAACAGCAGCAACAACAACAACAGCAGCAGCAGCAACAACAACAGCAUCACCAGCAGCAGCAGCAACAACAGCAACAACAACACCAGCAGCAACAGCAACAACAACAAUACCAUCAGCAGCAGCGACAACAUCACCAUCACCAACAGCAACAACAACAACCACAAGCUAAUAAUGUCAAUUUAAAUACGCAAUACAAUAAUUCAUAUCAUACUCAACAACAAAAUCAAUUUAGUGAACAUAGUAUGCGCCAUGAUAGAAAUAUGAAUGAUAAUAAAAUGCAUCAAACUCGUAACUAUCAGAACAAUACUAAUGCUAUAGAUAGUAUAACUGAGAGUACAGCAAAUUUAAAUCUACUAGCAAAUCAAUCACGGCCUACAGAUGAUGUUAUUCAGCCCCGUAACUAUCAACCACAUCCUGAACAGAUGUAUGCUCAGAAACAGCCUUACUUUCCUAAUCAAAACAUGCAAGACAUACCUCCGUUUAGGAGGAACAAUGAUUUAAAAAAUUACCAAGAUCAAUCAUACCAGCGAAGGCCACAACAGCAACAACAACAGUCAAAUGGUUACAUUGAGCCUCCACAGAACCCCAUGUACCCAAAUAUGAACUACUUGAGUGGUACACAAGGUGGGUACAACAGCCGUCAGUACGGAUAUGGCGGAAGACCUCAAGAGUACAACACUACCAUGCGUGCUGGAGGUCCAUUUUUGCCGGGAUCACUACUCGGUUUUCAAAAUGCGGCUGUGAAUGAACAAGCUCGUGCUAUGCUCGGCGUUGCUGAUAUAAAUUGGAAAAUCGGCGAUAGGUGCCUAGCACUAUAUUGGGAAGAUAAUAAUUUCUACGAAGCUGAGAUUACUGGGAUUUCAGCAAACACUGUAGUAGUCAAAUUUUGUGCAUAUGGUAACCAUGAGGAAGUUUUAAAGUCUAACUGCUUGCCUUUCCCUAAUCAACCGUCUGGUAGCAGCGGCGGGUACAUGUCGCGAGGCGGCGUGUUUGCGGCGCGGCGGCCGUAGGGAAGCGCCGCGGCGCGGCGGCACUUCGCCCUUGCCGCCCCUCUCGCCGCGUCCCUCGCCGCGCCCCUCGCUGCGCCUCUCACUGCGCCCCUCACUGCGCCCCUCGUUGUAUCUCGCUCUACGCCUCUCGACGCGCCCCUCAAUGCGCCUCGUACUACGCCCGUCGAAGCGCCCCUGAGCGCGCCCCUCGCCGCGCCCCCCACCGCGCCACUCGCUGCCAGCUGACCGCCGCAACCCCGCCUCUACAUUGAUAACUUUCAAAUCGAUGUUUCUGUCUCUUUUUACAUUUUCUCACCGUAAUUUAAUAAACAUCUUUAAUCUUUAGUGUCUUCCGUUCACUAUAAUUUUCUGUAAUAUGUACAAAUCCUGUUUUAUCGAGGCUACAUUAAAGUGAUUAGGCGUAGGUUUGCGUUCUAGUGAUCUGUCUGACCGAACGAUUCAUCGAACGAAGGCUAAUGUCAAAUGGCUUAUCCAUUGAAAGUUCGCUAGCGUGGCCACAAUUUCCAUUCGCGUUUCUGUUGUAAUAAGCCGUAUAUACGAAACAUUUGGUUGAUCGCCGAAAUUCUUCGUGUUGUAUCGUGAUUGUGCGUCUGACAUUGUGGCGCAUUAUAGAUAGCUUAAUCCAUAUCAAAACACAUCACAUUAUGUCCAGAAUGUGCAUUAUAACUUACUAUGGUAUUCGUUCUGCCACGCUCUCGUUAGAGAUGUGUGAAGUAUAAACUUAUAUAAAUUAACGUGUAAGUGCAUAAAAUGCUCAUCUUUAAUAUUAUUAUUAUUACACAAAAUAGUUAAGUGCUGUUUGUGAAUUUAAACAUUCUAGAAAUAUGAUGAUGAUGAUGAAGAUCUGUAAUAAUAUUCGGCCCCAAACAAGGUAGCAAACGGCAUUUACGUAUUUUAUUUUAAAAAUAAAAAUACAAUGUUCUGUCAAGUAUGCCGCAGAAUUUUGGAAAGAUACUGCGUAAAAGAAGCCAGGUGCUGUCUCGAAUUUUUGGUAAUAUUUUAUGAUAGCUUAGUUAACUUUUACAUCUAUAAUAUGACAAUUCCAACAUAACUGCUUAAUUUUUUUAUGUUUGAGGGGUUUUCGUAGGCCACUUCAAGCCACUUCAGCGUCAACUAAUAUUGGCUUAAUGCUGGAUACGUUUAUAAUAUUUUGGCGGCAAGGCAUAGAUAGGGUCUUAAAAAAUGUUCAUUGACAUGAAAAUUUCGUCAAUCAAUAAGUUCAAUUAAAAUACUUCUAUGGAUGUUAACGUAAUAAACUGCGUGAAACUCGUUGCUCAAUGCUUGGUGUAUAUGCUCAUUGAAACGCGAGUCCUGGUUCAAAAUAAUGAUAAUAAUUGUAACUAGCAAUAACGAAAUUACUGUAUACCUUAUCACUCUAAAUCUAAACUUUAUUUUUUACUUCUGGAGACUAAAUGACAUAUUUCAUGUACAACUUUUUCUUUUUACUACUUUUUAUCACAUUUUUAAGUUAUGUUUAAAAUUGGAAUUAAUCGUAUAAACUAUAAAAUUUUACUAUAUUUUAUUUCUAAACUAACGGAAAUAAAAAAAGUAAUAAGCGUGGGGUAAAUAAAAUAGCGAUUGGCAUACUUUAAAUAUGCCACUGCACUUAAUAGAGCCACGCUGAAUUAUCACUCUGCUGCAGUAAGAUUAUGAUCUUCUCUCUCUCUCUUACGUCAUACCAAUUUGAAUUAGUAUAUGUUGAUAAUUUAAUGUGUUUUGUUUGGUUAGUAGAGAUAACUGGAUACUCAUAUAACUUGGAAUGUGGCAACCCAUCUCUUGUUGUUGGGAACGCAUCUGCGUUUUGAUUCUUAAUCGAGAGUAGAUCAAAAGGAAAACAAUAAAAUAUCGAAUGUUGAGUAAAGUGCGUUUUUAUGAAAUAAUUCCCUUCGCCGUAAUGUUGGCAGCAGGGAAAUCAGUGUUGCUAUAUUUUGAGCAAUGAAAUCACUUAUAUCCCUAAUAUUUGCCAACUACAUUAUUUUUCGCUCUUCGGUAACUUUUUAUCUCUAUUUUUUGCUUCCUGAUUCAUUUUUUUUCUGCAAUUUUGCCCGGAUUGGAUAUUUUUGUUGAUGUACUAGCAGACACUUCACCUUCUUUACUUAUCUUUGGAACAGUUUUUUUCGGAAAUACCUAAAACAAAGGUUAAUUAAAAAUAUUAGAAAUAACGUUUUCGUAUGUUAUUUUUGGAACUGGCAACUCUAUUUUACGAACUUUUCAUGGCGGCUACCCGAAGUUGAACGCACUCUAAUGGUAUUAUUGGCAUUUUAUUACGUUUUUCUCGAUCACAAAAGCUUUUUACUUUCAACACUAAUUCCCGUUUACCACUUUUUAGUGUCCUAGGCAUAAUUUUAACAUUUGAAGAUUAAUAAAUUAAAAAAAAAACUUAGGACGUUUUAACAGUCUUCAUUCUUUUACGUUUAGACAGACAGGAGAGCCACCAACAUUACGGCGAAGAGAAUUCUUUCGUGAAACGUACUAUAAUGAUGAUAGUAUAAAAUUUUAAUUUUUAUAGCCACUGUACUCAUAAUAAAACAUUUAUUUUACGAUUCGAAUUACCAUAAACGUAAAGAUACUAUGAUAAUAUAUGUUGUAACAUUAUUUUGAGAUUGAUGUUAUUAGUAGUUGUUAAUUUAGUCUUCAAUAUUAAAAAAAAUUAAGGUCAAAGGCUAUGGUAGGUACUAAGUACUUACUUCUCGCAUUUCAAGGGAGUGCAACCAUCUUUCCCCUUGCUUUUAAUUCACGCAAACGAAUUCUUCCUCACUUCUUAGACUGGACUCCGGUCAGCGUGUCUAGCCGCAUCUCCAAGAUGGCCGCACAUACUUAUACGGCUUAAAUCGGAAUCGUAUAUAGACUAGUAUAAUAUAAAUAAAGAAUUAACUUUAGUUAGAGCAGAAUUUUCAUUGAAUAAAUUUUUUAUAACGGAAAGAAUUUUGUAAAAAUGUUUUAUUCAUACAUAAACUGUUUUUGGUUCAUACCAAGAUUUACACUUUUUGAUAACGAAACAUCAUCAGAAUAUUCCGGUGUUAUUUUUAUUGUAAUUUUUUUAUAUACAAAUGAAGGUUUUUGUUCAUUGGUAUUUGACAUUCAGAAACAUCGAUUUGAAAACGCUCUAUUGAAUUAAUAAUAAUUUAUUACUUUUCACGAUGCUGCGUAUGUUUUACUAAGUAAUUUUGUUGUGAACAAGUAAAGGCAGAACUUUCUAAUGGUUUGUACAAAAUUUUACAUUUCAUUGAUACAUCAUGCAGAGUGCAAAACAGAUAAAUGAAAUAAUAUAAACUAACAAUGUUUUAGCAUAGUUGCGUAAAUGCUUAACUUAGUAAAUAUCUUAGGAUAUUACUUAAACGAAUCUCUCUCUUAAACACAAUGUUUGUAAAUAAAUAUUAUUUGCUUGGAAAAAUUAUAUAUAGAAUAAAAAAAAUUAUUACUUUUAGUUUAUUUAUAUCUGGCCGUAAAAUUUACGUAAAUUUAACGCUGGCUGUAAAAUAGUGAGUGACCUUAAAGGUCACUAACAAAGUCCAAUAUGUGUUUAAAACUAUUUAAUUUAACCAUAUAAUUAUUUCUAUCGCCUCCAAAAACGAAACCCACUUUCGAAAUUGCUUGAGAAAGUAAUUGUGUCAUCCAAUAACGGUGGUUUCCAAUGUUUUUCCUAUUUAUGGUGAUUUUUGAGAGAAUAUAUAAUAUUUGCAUAAGUUUAUUCAUUUAAUUGUCUAAGUUAGCCUUUAUUUUAUAAUAUUAAUAUUUGCGCAACUGCUAACACUUGUGAGCUUGAGACCACUACGCAGUGUCGUGGAUCUAAUCUAGUUAACAUUUUUAGGUGUUGAAUUUUUAGUAAAUCGUUUAAGUUCAAGGGAUGUAACACUCCUUUGGUGUUAUACGUGUCUAGAUUCCGCGUUGCCUUGUAAUAAUGUUUAUAAACGGACCAGAAUCGCUCUGGUAGUGUGUGUGAAAACACGGUCACGCCAACAUUCUUAGUUGUAUGUGUGUGUGUGUGUGUAGCUGUGUAGGGUACCCAUUUCAAAGGUUUUCCACAGUUUUUAGAGUCCAAUUCGCAGCGCAGUCGCAAUCAGUACUAAAUGGGCGCGACGAAGUUAUCGAAUAACUGUUGUACGGUAUUUUUCUCUUUUCUACCGCGUUUAUCCAUCUAGACAUGUAUAUAAUCAAAGGUAAUACUCACAUUAUGUUAUUUAUUGUCGGACUGUAUGUAACCAGCAUCGUAGAGUGUAGCUUGUAUAAGUGUAAUAUGUUGUAUUUUAGCGCAAAGUGUGUAAUAUAUUAUUUCUCGGUUUUCGCCGAGGCAUUGUUU